CGCGACCCACCGAGUUAGUUUAGCUUAGAACGCCGCCGAGUGAACACCGCGCUCGCCGGGAGUCCUAGCUCUAGGAGUGUGUCUCCGGUGGUCACUUUAGGAAGCUAGCUAGCUUCCUUCCGGUUUGACCCCCGCUGUUUCCGGUCGUACGUUCCCUUCGCUUAGUUUACACAACCUUUCCGCUAUUAGUGUUGUGCUAUCUUUCUGUGCUUUCCCUGAACGAAUGAAUUAAACAAAAAAAAAAAACUGAAGUGUGCUAAAGACGCCAGGCGCCACCAAGAAGCUGUACUGUGGCCGAACCACUCAAGUGAACUAAAUUUAUUUGCCGUUUUUUAUUUUCUAUUAAUGGAUUUCCAGUGGUGAACAAGUGACAAAAAGUCGGAUAAAAUGAAUAAAUUUUAUGCGAUUUUUAUGCUAAUCAUUCUGAUCGCCUCCGCAGUCGAGCCGGGUCAUAGUAUCAAGUGCUACAACUGUGACUCGACCAGCGAGAAGGAAUGCAUCGAGAUCAAGAAGAACACCGGCCUCGUAGCGGAGACAUGCACUCCCAGCAAAAUGUCAUCGAGAACCGGCAAUUGGCUUGCGGAUCUGACCAAGAUUGAGUACCUUGAGGGGCCAGCGGAAAUUAGCGUACCGAUGGUAUGCCAGAAGAUUGUCGCUACAAAUGAAAAUGGUGACCUAAUGACCUUCCGCGGUUGCCAGCUGGACGGCGGCAAAACCGAUCCAUGCCAAAUCACGUUCAGCAAGGCAAGCACUCAGCCCGGCGUUAGUAUCGAUCACUGUUCGAUCUGCAAGGAAGACGAAUGUAACGGCGCCGUGAGCCUACUCGGGAUGCGUACAUCUCUGACCAUAGCCACAGGGGUGUCCCUGGUGGCUAUGGGUCUAACUAAAAAAAUACUUUUCUAAGGUUGUGUGAGCUUGUGGUAGAGAUAGUUUCAUGCAUAGUGGAUGAUAGAUCGGUUUUUAUAUGACAUACAAUGAUAUCCAAAUAAAUCGAAUGAAGCAGAGAAGAAGAAGAAAAAAACAAACGCAAUGAACACCUACAAUUGUACAUAAGCUAUCUUGUAUCGUAGUCUUGCUGAAUCUUAGAAUCUAAUCGAAGUUGUUAUCAGAAUGUUCUUAAAUGUGUUUAGAGUUUCAUCAAUACUAACAUGCUUUAUAUAAUGAAGGAAGAAUAAACAAGUCAAUCAAUUAAGAAAACAUCGUAUCGGAUGUUACCGGAAACACGUCCACGUGAAAUAUAGUAUCUUAUAUUAAUAUAUUCACGCAUAUGCCUUUAUCGUAAAUCCGCUGGGAAAUGUAUAUUUUUUCAUAUUUUUAAGUAAACUCGUUUGGUACAUGGUGUCUAUUGUCAACAAGACGUUGAAUAUGUGACUAAAGGUAACUGUAAACAAAUAUAAUCACCUAACGUUAGGAUAAUGAUAUUUGAAAACACAUGAUGAUUUAAUGAAAUACUCAAAUAUUAGCUUUAAGAACGAGGAAGAAACGUGGACGAUAUAGUCAACGAAGACAGGAUACAAUCGUUGACGCAUAUCUGUCGACCACGGUCAAUGUUUAUUAAACUAUGAUGAUAAUAAUACAAACUAUUUAUUUCGUCUCCAGGCUUGAAGCAAAUAUGUUAUGCUACUGUAAUUUCUAAUCAACUCUACUGUUAUCUCUAACCGAACUACACUUAUUCAAUUUUAACGUAUUUGCACCAGAGCGAAAAUCAAGCAAUAGUCGAUAAGAAUUCGUUUGCAAACAGUACUUUUUCUUAAUAUUUCUAACACUCAAGAAUGGAUAUUAACAUUAUGCAAUACAUAGCAACAUUUGACAAAUAAUGGAAUAAUGGUUAGUGAAUCUAGAACGAGGAAAGUAGCAAUUUAUGUAUAAUGGAAGUAAGCAACAUUUAUAUUACGAUUAAACAAUAUGUUACAGAAACCAAAAAAAAAUUGAAACAGAACUUACACACCAACGCCCCGCUUCCUAUAACAAAACACAUACAGCAGUAGCAGAACACACAUACAACACUAACAACAACAAACUAUUCAGAGAAAGUGAAAUACUACACAACAAUAGAGCCGGUAAUGAAGAAGGAAGGAAAUAAAUCUGCACUUUUACAGAGGCAAGACCACAA